UUAAUUUUUAUUUUUCACUUGCCGGAGUUGCCGCAUCCGUGGUUGUUUUUUUACGCGACUAGUUUUACUCCGAUCAUUUUAUGUUUUGUCCGUUGUCGUAAAAUCGUAAUUCCAAAUUACAAUUCAAAUUCACAAAUUGUGUGUAAUGGAAUUUUAAUUUUAACUCGUGUUCAUGUGUGAUUAAUAUUUAAUACUCGUUCAGUAAUACUAUUGUCUUUUCGGUUUUAUUAGCGUAACGAUUGACUACAAAACCAUGGCUAACGUGUCGUAUCAAAUCGCUCAUUUGCUCGAAAAAAUGACUUCCAGUGACAAAGACUUCCGGUUUAUGGCUACCAACGAUCUGAUGUCAGAGUUGCAGAAAGACAGUAUUAAACUAGACGAUGAUUCCGAACGCAAAGUAGUGAAAAUGCUGCUAAGGUUGCUGGAAGACAAAAAUGGUGAAGUUCAAAAUCUCGCAGUUAAAUGUUUGGGUCCACUUGUUAAUAAAGUAAAAGAAAACCAAGUGGAAACUAUUGUUGAUGCACUUUGUACAAAUAUGAUAUCUGAAAAUGAACAAUUGAGAGACAUUUGCAGUAUUGGAUUAAAGACUGUUAUAAGUGAGCUGCCAAUCACUAAUACUGCAUUAGCAGCAAAUGUGUGCCGGAGAAUUACUGGAAAAUUGACUAGUGCUAUUGAAAAGCAAGAUGUAUCUGUACAGUUAGAAGCUUUAGACAUACUUGCUGACUUACUAUCAAGAUUUGGAUCAUUAUUACUAGAUUUUCAUAGUGGUAUACUAAAAUCAUUAUUGCCUCAACUUAAUUCUUCUCGCCAAGCAGUAAGAAAAAGUUUGUGA